CUGCGCCCUACUAGGCAAAGGUGGAUACGGAAAGGUAAUUUUCUCAGUUCAUUAGAAGUAUUGGUACAUUUAUUGUCUCAUUCAGGCUAACUAAACGCUUUCUCUCAUUCCAGGUUCUCCUUAUUCAGCACAAUCCCACAAAGAAAUAUUGUGCUGUAAAAGCCAUGGCCAAAGGGAAGAUCUACACCUCUGAUGACAUUGAUGGAAUCUUGACAGAGAAACGCGUCAUGCAAAUCACCAAGGAGAGCCUUUAUACUGUCAAUUUAUACGCCACUUUCCAUACAAAGAAUAUGCUCUUCUUUGUAAUGGAGUUUGCUGCCGGUGGCAGUGUAAGGACCCACUUGCAGAAGGCUAGAACUUUUGACAUACCGAGGGCUAGGUUCUACGCAGCCUGUAUUACACUGGGUUUGGAGGAGUUACAUGAAAAAGGCAUUAUACAUAGGUAAGCAAAAAAAAGUGUUGGUUUCACAGCUUACGUCUUCAUCUGACUAGCAGGAAAUACAUUGUUCUGGCACAUACAGAACAAGAUAUUAUAUAACAUUCUUUUGUAUUUAUUACAGAGACAUGAAGCCUGACAACCUCCUCGUAGACAGCCAAGGUUAUGUCAAAAUUGCCGAUUUCGGCCUCAGCAUAGAUGGUAAGUUUACCUUAUAAUCCACAGUUUCUAUACCAUAAAUGCACUUUAGAAAUGUUCAUUUCCAAAUGAACUGAUCUGACUGCGCUGGAACAGU